UUACUAAUUACGGCACAUUUGUAGCCCCACUAUUUUUGAAGAUAUCAACUCAAUUUUUUUUUAAAUGAAAGAGGAAGAAAAAAUAGGUGUCGCUAGACUAAUUUCAACUCAAAAAAAUAAUUCUAUAUAAUAAUAAAGGAACUUCGAAAAUCUCACAUGAACUAACCUUAUUUUCAGUACUUAGUCAGUAUUUUUACUUUUUAUUUACUGUUGAAAUACUUGUAUCUUGUAUUUUUUGCUCAUUUCUAACAUUAAUUUAAAUAAAAACAUUAAUUUAAAUAAAAUUUGUCUCAGAAUGUAAUUAUUUUAUAGUAAAUAAUUUAUAUUACGGUACUUUAAACGAUUACGAUAGUAUCAACACUGUGAUAGCCUGUGACGUAGUUCAUUGGUGCAGGAUAAAUCGAUGUUUAUCGAUGGUGAAUAGAAUUAUCAGUUUAUUGAUAUCGAUAAUUUCCUCUACGAAGCUCCUGCAUCGAUUUCAAGUAUCGAUUUCAGAUUUUGAUUUUAGUUUCCUAUUGCUUUACAAUAAUUUUAUAUAAAAACAAUUUAAAAUAUAAAAAAUAUAGAAAAUUCUCAAACUUUUAUUCGUAAUUUUUAUCUUUAUUUAUUAUAUUCUAUAAGAAUAAUAAAUCAAUAAUAUAUUUUUUAUAAUUGUUGAACAUGAUUAUUUUCAACUUAUUUCAACAUGGUAUAACUGCAUCAGCUUUCAGAGGAUAAAUUCAAUUUCUCGUGUGUGGAUUGUAGAAUGAAAGUUUGAUAUGUUGAAGUUAUAAUUUUUAUAGAUAAAAAUGGCUGGUGAAAAAGUGAAUCUGGUGAAUAUAAAAAAGUGGAGUGAUGAGGGGAAAUUGUUGAUUGAUAAGUGUAUGGAAUGGGGGAUUUUGAAGCGUGUUAUAGUUUGUUCAGCUUGUGGUCGGGAUGAAUGUAAAAUGACAUUACGGAAGUGUAAUUCUGAAACAGACGGCUAUAAAUGGUAUUGCAAUAAUUACAGAUCUGAGAACAAGAAGAAAAGGAAAAGAUGUGGUUAUUCUGUGAAUCUUAGACGAGGAACUUUUUUUGAAAAGUCAAAACUUCCGUUGUGGAAAAUUAUAGGUUUCAUAUAUUUGUGGACAAAAAAUGUAGCCGCAAAAGUGAUCAUUGAUGAGUUGGGCAUUUCAAAUCGGACAGUUGUUGACUGGAGUUCAUUCUGUCGGGAAGUGACUUUUGAUUUUGCAGUAGUGAGAAAGAAAAAAAUUGGAGGACCUGGAAGAAAAGUUCAAAUUGAUGAGAGUAAAUUUGGAAAGAGAAAAUAUAAUCGGGGGCGGGCUGUUGAGGGUCAGUGGGUGUUUGGAGGCAUCGAUGAGCUUUCUGGAGAGGUUUUCAUGGUGGCUGUUGAGAACCGGUCAUCAGAUACCCUGAUACCUAUUAUCAAAGAGUACAUCAAACCGGGCUCAACAAUCGUGUCGGACUAUUGGAAAGCUUAUGAUUGUUUGAAAGAAGAAGGCUUUGAGCACUUGAAAGUGAAUCACAAAAUGAAUUUUGUUGACCCACUUUCAGGUGCUCACACAAACAAGAUCGAAGCUUCUUGGGGCGCGGCAAAGGCAACUUUGCCACGCUUCCACAGGAAGAAAGCUUUCUUUCCUGGCUAUUUAUCAAAGUAUGUAUUUAUGAAAUCAUGCAAAUUGAGGAAAGUUGACUGCUUUACUGAGUUCUGUAAGGAAGCAGGAAAUUUAUAUGACCCUGCAAAGCCAAAAGAUGGGGAAACCGAUGAUACUGAUGAAACUGACGAUUUGGAUUUGGAUGAUAUGAACUGAUUAGUAUAAGAACAAAAAUUGUGGAGAAUAACCAAAAUUUAAGGCGUUUUAUAACAGGUUUCCAGUAACACAGAGUAGCCUAUUCAUUUCAAUUUUACAAUCAUAAUAUUGAUCAAAAUCUUCAUUAUCAUCAGUCAUCGGUUUCUCCUUUGGGGUCAUAUCUAGAUCCUGCUUCGUUGCAUAAAACAGUAGAGCACUUUCCCUAUCUACAAAAUGCAUGAUUUUGUUGAUAUAUAUUUUGACAAAUAGUUAAUGUGGAAGCCUCUUACUUCAAACAAUCAUAUUCUUCCCAUAAGACCAACACCUGUUCCACCUUCAACACAAAUCUGAACCAUCCUUAAAGCCACAUGAUGCUCCUCCCUCCCAUUCUUGAAACCCUUUCUCAUAAUAAUAGGCUAUAAUUCGGUGCUUUAUGCUUAUAAAUUCAAAUUUUUUAGCUCAUAUAUAUUUUGGACAAAAAUUGAACAUAAACUUUCAACAUUAAAUAGAUAGGCUAACCAUUUUUUCGAAAAUGUUAUUUAUUAUCAAAAUUAGCAAAUAGUAUAGUUUUGGGCUAAGCCUUUUGUUCUUUCCCAAUCAUAUUCAUAUGAUUGUAAUUUCAUCCAUAAAUAAAUAAACAAUGCUAUCCCUCCCCCUAUUAGCAUUUAUAUUUUCUAUAUUAAAAUUCAAUUCAAAUUUACUCUCGUUGAUUUGAACCAAUUCCAUUUUAAUUAUCACAAAAUAAUCAAAUCAUUACUCUUGGUCCAUUGUUUUCUUAAUAUUUAAAACUAUUUUAUCAUCAAAUUCAAAAAUUUUAGCAUUCUUGGAUCAAAAUUUUCAUUUAAAUAUAACAUAGAAGUACCGUAACCUUAUAGUUCUGCUAUAUAUCAAAAAUAAAAAUAGAAAUAGCACAUCUUAACCCUAGUUUUUCCUUUAAUAUUAUAUCUCUUGUUAUUCUUUUGGUUGCAACAAUUAAUAAAUAAAAACAGUCCCCUCAAAAGUCACCUCCUGACAGCUAGAACUUACAGUAACAGACUAUGAUAAUUUUGUAAUUCCAAUUUCUCACUAAUCAAGAUUCAUAGGCUUCAUUUUUUAUCCACAAAUUUAACAUUUUCCACAACGUGAGGUCCUUUUAAAGAAAAUAUUGAAACAAGUUCCAAGAAUAGCCACAUCUUUCUGAAUCCAAGUUCUUACCAGUAGUCCACUAUUUCUCAUCAAUUAGUCUACCAUUCAGUUUAUCAAAUUAUGUUUAUAAAUUUAUUACCAAUAGUCUACCAUUUCUAUUCUGCUCUGUUCAAUAUAUUCCAUUUCAAUGUUAUUUUACAUUCUGCCAGCAUGCUGAAGAAAUAAUCCUGUUUUCAACAAUCCAACAAUUCAUGCACUUUUUGAUCAACGUUUUCAAUUACUCCACUUACAAAAAAUAUUCACCAAAAAAACUCAAGUAACCAGUCAAAUUCUACUGUUGAUAAGUUGUGAUUUUAAAAGUGAGGUGAUCACAAGCGAUAAGAUGAUUGAUUGUUAUCAAGAUAAAACAGUAGCUCUGCUCUCCGAUCCUCCUUCAAUCCUGAACAGUCAGUUUAGCCAACUGAAUUUCUUGAGUAUUGAUAAUCUAGAAUAAUAAUAUUGUCGAUUGAUUAAAAAUAUCGAUACCAGAUUGAAGUAUCGAAACGUGAAAGUCGAUCUGU